CUCCCAACAAAAUUCUAAUGUGGUUAAUAGAUAAGAAAUAGUUGACAAGCAAAGGAAAUUGCUUUGUGUACUUCUUCACUCUUUCUGCUCAUUUUUUAUGGAAAUCCCGUGGCUUUGUUGGUGUUCUGUGAUUCUGACAAUUCCUCUAACAUUACUCUUCUUUCAAUGGAAGAGGAAGAAGGCGCCAGCUAUUCCUCUUCCUCCUGGACCUACUGCUUGGCAUAUUCUACGAAACCAAUUUAAGCUGGGUAAAAGGCCUCAUGAGUCUCUCUAUGCAUUUUCUCUGAAAUACGGACCACUCAUGAGUUUCCGUCUGGGCAUGAAAACAAUUGUGGUGGCCUCGUCUCCUGCCAUGGCGAAGGAGGUGCUCAAAACUCAUGACCAUAUCUUUGUUGGGCGGACAGUAAUGGAAACAGCCAAAGUCUUCUCCCACCACAAGUUUUCCGUACUAUGGGGCGAGUUUGGACCUCAAUGGCGGUAUCUCAGACGAAUUUCAACUAUUGAACUUUUCAGCCCACAAAGACUAGAAGCUCGACAACAUCUCAGAAGACACCAGAUAUUUCACACAGUUCGACUGAUUUUUGAGAGCAAGGGAAAGCCUGUAAAUAUUCCGCAUAUGGCGUUCAGCAACUUAAUGAAUGUGUUGGGCAACAUGAUCUUCGGCACAAGUUUAAUCGAUCCACACAAUCCAGCUUCUGUAGGGUUGAAGGAUGCCAUGUGGAAAAUCGUAAAGCUUUAUGGACUGCCCAAUUUGUCGGACUUUUAUCCCCUUGUUAGGCUUGUGGAUCCUCAGGGUGUGUCCCGUCAGAUGGCAAAGCAUUUGAAGAGGAUGUAUGACUUUAUUGAUUUGUUCAUACAGGAUAGGAUUACCACCAAAAACAAAAAGCUUCAGCAGGACUCCGACAAGGAUUUUCUAGACGCUCUGCUCGAUGCUAGAACGGAGGAUUUCACACUGUUUGAUAUUAGAGCCUUGAUUAUUGAACUUUUUCUUGGCGGUACUGAUCCGACUACCACUACGAUCGAAUGGGUAAUGGCAGAACUCAUUCGCAAUCCGCAGAAAAUGAAACGAGUGCAACAAGAAUUGGAUGACGUAGUUGGUCUGAAGCGCAAAGUGGAAGGACAUGAUUUAGAUCGGCUGCCGUAUCUCGAUGCGGUGGUGAAAGAAACGUUCCGUUUGCACCCGGCGGUUCCUCUGCUCGUCCCCCUCAAAUCUGUAAGAGAUUGUGAAAUUGAGGGAUAUAUGGUACCCAAAGACGCUCAGGUGACGGUGAACUUGUGGGCAAUAGGAAGGGACCCUGCAAUCUGGAAAGAACCCUUGGAAUUUAUGCCGGAGAGGUUUCUGGAAGGUGAUAAUAGUGAGAUAGACUACAGGGGACAUAAUUUUGAGUUGAUUCCGUUUGGAGCUGGGAGAAGACAAUGCUUAGGGCGACCUUUCGGGAUCCGUAUGGUUCAUUGGACUUUGGCUGCCUUCCUCCACUCAUUUGACUGGGCACUUCCUUGUGGAAUCACUUGCAAACAGAUUGACAUGAGGGACGACUUUGGACUUGUAUUAAAGAAAACUGUAGAGUUGAAUGCGGUCCCCAUAGCACGUCUCCCACACCAUGUUUACUAAGUGUCCACCAGGUUUUUGGGUGGAAGUAUUCAAAGUAAAACGAAUUGAAUUUGUUCAAUACUUACCCUUAAAGAUGACGUGUACUGAUUUGGAUAGUUGGUAAGGGAACAUAUAUUCAAAGACCACUUAUGCAUCAAAGGACUUAUGAUAUUUGAAUUACAAAAUU